AUGAAGAUCCCGUCGCGUCCGGUGCCAGGAACUAAAGAGUAUCGGGAGUGGCUUGCGGGUGUCAGAAAGGACUAUUAUGAUGUUUUGCAUAAAUCUGAUCGUUUCGAUAUCUGUGGUCUAAGACCAUCGACCAUAUUUGGAGGACUUCAAGAACGCAUUUGUAAUGAGCGUAAACCUUGUCCUGGCUUAGUUGUCCUCUACGCUAGGUUGGGCCUUCAUCGUUACAACAUGCUCCAGGGGAAAAACUUAGAGCUCAGCCACGUCAAGAAAUUCAACAAGUCCACGCUUACUCUUCCUGGCUCUUACUACAUAACUUUGGAAGCCAAAGAUCCUGAUGAUUUCGGUUCGCUUCAGACUUUCCAGGCCCUAGUUAACGAAGUAAAAUAUAAACUAUUAGUCUUGACUUGCACCAUUUCUAGACCUCUGGGGGAAACCAAGAAGAGCCACAUAAGUAAGAGUAGCUUCAACAUCUCAGAGUUGAUGCCACUUGAGUCGCCGCCAGAUUUCAAUCCUUUCAAACGAUUUUACGUGCUGAAGAAAUCAGAGGUACAAGACAAUGACUGGAUUCGUCUGUAUUUGGAACUUGCAGUCGCCACAACUAAUAGGAGCUAUGAAGAUCAUCGUCAUGAUCUGUCCAAGUUGAAGAUUAUCAAAGUGGCUAUCAAAACUACACCACAAGACCUAGAGCCGCAUGAGAUACUUGGUGCCUAUGAUGCAACCUUGUACAUAAGGUACAAGGACUCGUGCGAGGGUAAGGUUGUUGAUCGCAUAGCUAUAGUCAGAAGAUACUUGCGAGAGAAGCUGGCCAUCUUGGGUUCCAUCCAUAGCUCAGACACUAUAAUACCAAAAAAGGAAGAGUAA